GGGAAUCACUCAAUUCAGGAGCUUCUCAACAAAUGUUUUUCAUUCAAAAAUCAUCAACGAGGAGACUCCGCUUUCUGAUCGAAACAUGAUACCUCCUCCACACGCACCAUCUUCGGAACAAAGACGUGUAUAAAUAAUUUCGGAACAAGACGCCCGUUCGAAAGGCCAUUGCCGUUCGAUUUGUUGUUGGGAGAGGUUUUCCGCAUGCACGAAACGAAACAGUGAGACCCUACCGGAGACUCAGAUUGCUGUUGCGAGAGAUGCCAAUCGUUGCUGAACGUGCCGGACAGGCGGAUUCUUGAUGCCGCAAAUCGCAAUUGCAAAUAGUACGGAGUAUUCUACUUGCAUUCUAUUCUUAUUGUUCUUAUGAUUAGAAAAUUGGCAAACAAAAAAUGAGCUGGUACUACUGUGCCCACGUCAAAUCGUUCCCAAAGACCCCAAAGAUCAUUUCGAAAUUGGUCAAAGCUGCCCCUUAAUCUCUAUCUGUGAGGCACUAGUCCCGUCGACCUCUGAUGAUAACGACGAUGACGUUGUUGUUGUUUCGAUAGUCUCGGUGCGUUCGAUCUUCUUCGGCGUAGAUGGUUCGACGGCCAGCACAUUGCCUUUGGGAGCAUCGCUGUUGUAUCCUUCCGUCGUGGAAAGUAAGGAGUACUCGAUGGUUUCGGCCGUCUCGAGAGUUGUUGUGGGUUCGAUCGGUUUGACAGCAGCGUUGUGUGCUUCUUCACUCGCAUUGGUCGACCGACCCUCGCGGGCUCGGUUGGUCACAUCGUGUUCCACAGUGUGCUCUCCGUGGUCGUCUUUGCCGGAAACUUCCCGGGGUUCUUGGUGCAGGAGCAGCUGUUGUUCCAACCCACAAAUCUUGCCCCUGAGUCCCUCCCGCUCGAGUUCCCAUACCGAUUGGUGCUUUGUUAGUAUAUCUAUGAAUCUGAGUUUCAUCUGUAGUUCGAUAGACGACGACGGUGGCGGUGGCGGCGAACGAUCGAGGACGAUGCGCUCCACCGUUCCGAUCUUUUGGUUGUCUACCGAUUGCUUUUCUCCGAUUUCUUUGGCUUCCGUGGUCUCCGCAUCGUGCCGCCAGAUGAUUCUGGUCCCCCCCCGAGCCGAAGACUCACCCUCGCCCGUUUUUGUGGUUGUGGUCGUGGUCGUUUUCACGGUCGUCACACCGGAGGCGAGGGAUUCGAACCUUACCCGGAAGCCGUCGAUUGUGGACGAGAGUUUUGCAAUCUCGGCGUGCGACGAUGCGAUGGCAGCCUUUUGGAUCUGAUCCCUCCGGGCCAGCGCUGCGGUCCGCUUCAGCAGGAACUCAUUCUCGGACCGGAUCCCCGCGAUCGUCUCGGUGAGACGCCUGUUGGUCCUGCGCGCGGAAGAGAGAUCGGCCCUGCAGUCUGACAGGAGCGUUUCGUUUUCGAUCAGCUGGCAAUCGAUGGAGACCGCCUUCAGCUGCAGCCGCUGGAGCAACUCGUUCGAUCGCUUCCUCUCGGAAGCAAGGGCCUCUUCGGCAGCCAGUAGUUUUGCGGUGAGGCGCUUUAGCUUGUCGUCUUCGUCAUUGCGGUCUUUGACGAUCGAGGAGUGAUCGUCGCCGUUGCUGUCAACGACCAAUUCUUCCUCCACGGGAGCACCGUAUAGUGACGACCACAGCGUAGUUUUGAUUCCCAUGGCAGACGAAUGAUUUAGUGUUUGCCGCGUAGUAGAUGAAAAAUUGUUGCACAGCGUGUUUGUGUUGUCUCUAGUUUUUCUUGGAUGUGUGAUUUGCAGGUCUCCUUUGGGUGACGAAUCUUGGUUGUCUUGUGUAUUGUGCGGUGGACGGAAUGAAUGUCGGGACGAUCAUCCUGCAUCGUGAUUGUAUCUAUUGAGUACGAGUAAGUACCGUGCUGCAUCGAAGAGUUUAAAAAAGAUCCAAUAUUUUUUAGAUCGAACGGGCCCAGUGAGGCCUUUCGUUAUACGUAUGAGCGAUGGAAAGAACUUUCGAGUCGAGGAGGCAUGUUCGGGCACGCAUCAACGUCCGGUCGGUAAAUCGCUAGCCGGCUUGCUUAUUAGCUCAACUAAAUACAGUACCGUACCAUACGUAGGAGUACGCACUGAAUUUUGAAGUUUUUUGCAAGAAUCGUACCAAAGUACCGUAACCUACGUAGGAGAUAUGCGGCAAGAGAGCUAUUCAAGUAGCAUUCGAAAAUCGCUAGAAUGAGUUUUUGCUAUGGUAUUAUGGUCUUGAAACGGCAGGCUUAAAUAGGGUAAAGAGAAUUUUGCGUAACACUCUCACUAAAAUACGAGACAUUGUAUUAUGGAUGUUGUGUAUUCAGUACAGUGCCACGUGGUACCUCAAACGUUAGGUCAAGUUGGUCAAACAGUAGUUUAUGGCUAUUUGGCUUGUUAUACUGUAUCAAAUGCUGAAACAUACUGUUUUCAGUCUAUAAUAAAUCAGACCACAGGAGUAGCUAAUUCCCAAUAGUCUGCUAUGGGGGGGGGGUUUAACCCUCCCAGAGGGCCCACAUAGCUAGGCCUGAUAAAAAAGGAACUAUGAACAUCCUGAAAAGACCCCUAUUGGACGUAGUACACCUAGAGGGCCGUACAAAGGGAAGGCUGUUUCACUUCCCAUUUGCAGCAUUGCCCUCUGAUUGGCAUAAUGGGUGCCAAUAGAUCAAAUUCAGUGGCAAAUUGGGAGUCUUGUUUACACCGUUGACUCAUCCAAUUAAGCGCUGAUCCCCCCCGCGAGUGUACUCGGUCCGUUCCUUUCAUUGAGUACUAGCUUGUUACAGCUUCCCCUGGAAGCGUUUCAAGCAGUCGUUUAGCAGGUCUUGUUGAGCAUAGUGAUGAUGUCUUAAGUGUUCACUUGGAUCCUGUCCUUUGGAUCUUUCCUUCUUUGACCAGCGGUUGGCUAUGUCAAUAUCAUCACCACUAACUUUUGCUCGUGUUGCUUGAGAUGUGGCUGUCCGUCUCAUGGUUCUAUCGAUUUCAAUGUGUAUUCGUAUAUCAUCAGUGGAGGAUAUGGCAUUGGGAAAUAGAUCCGGAUGUUCCAGGAAUACUUCUUUGGUUGCUUCCCAAAGAAGCUCAUUCAUCUUUUGCAAAGACAGUAAGAAUCCUUCCUUAUCACAGAAAGCUGGUUCAACUUGGCGACGGGCCCUAUCAUCUACUGCAAGUAGGCUAUCUCUCCAAGCCCGUAUGUUGAUUCCAGAGCCAGUUACUUCAAUAGACCUUAUGAGCUAAGUAUUGGGUGACGAUCCCCCCUUUAACUUGCCAUAUAGAGGGAGCCACACCAAGCCUUGCUUGACUUCCUUGUGCUUUUGUAGAAGGAAAACAUCCAUAAGGAAGCCUUCCAAUCCUCUCAACGAUAAUAUGUAGGCAAAAGCUAAGAAAGCUCCGGCUAUCACCCACAGAUCUCCUAAUGGGGAGUUGUUAUGAACUACUGCAUUUUGUGAGCACUGGUCCAAGAUCAGUUUCCACAGCUCAACACUCAAAGCUAUAUUAGGGUGUCUAUCGACUCCCAUUCUAGACUUGCAGCCAGUGAGGAAUCGUUGUUGCCAGUAAGAGGUUGCCCCACCUAUAUGCAGACAACUUGCAAGCCCUUUGUUGUCGCUUACGAAGCAGGCUCCUUUUAAGAGGGGAUCUAUGGCAACUCUUUCAAAGUUUCCUACAGCUUUUUUGACCCGUCUGAUUGAUUCCCAUUGCUUGUGAUCUUUAGCAUACUUUCCCUCCUUGAGAGAAUCAACAAGUACUGCAAUUGCAGUCUCAUAACCAAAGUUAUCAUACAUAGGGGAGGGGCCUGGAUCAUAGAAAGGUCCUUCUAGACCUAAUUUCGAUAAGGACUUGAUGGUUCUUUCUACAGUUAAUGGUGUAGCACUUACUGGCGCAGGAGUGUGCUUGGUACUCAUUUCCUUGACCACUGUGUGAGGAAACUUCUUGCCUUUGGGCUUUGCAGUGCCCUUUGAAAUGAUGAUGGCAUGGUUCUCAUCCAUCCACACUGUGAACCAACUCCUUUUAUGUCCUCUGAAUCCAGCAACCUGCCUUUACUGGCUUAUCAGUAUGCAUAGAACCUGGUUGUACCUCCACAAUACCUCCUUGGAGGGAGGUGCCACCCCUUAGAGCAGCUAGGAGCAUUCUUCUCCCUAGUCUGGAGAAUUCAUGGUUCUGGCCAUAUAGUGCCUCGUCUAGUUCACAAGGUUAAAUAUAAUAUUAAGAUUUUUUUAAUCUCCAGAGCCAACAUUGGUUACAGAUUGUGGAAAUAACGAUGCAAAAGCCUUGGCUAUUGCUACAGCAUACAAUAUCUACAAAGAAUGUACUGAUGGAAGCCUUGGCAAUGAGUGGAAGGUAAGCAAAGUUAUGAGCUAUCGUGAGUUUUGUCAGAGGCUUGCCUUGCAGAUGAUAAGGUACAAUCCUGUUGACCAGACCUGUGACUGUGAUCAUAGACUGCAGCAGUUCACAAAAGAAAAACAAAGGAUUAGAAGUGGAAGAGCAACUAGAAGAAAAGCAUGUAAGACUUUCCUUAACAAUGGUAAGGUGCUUGGAUAUACAAUUUGCAGACCAUUGCAGAGAACAAGGUAAAUGGAAGAUUUUGCUUCACUCAGACUGAGUAGUAUAAAAGACAUUUGCUAGGAACAACACCAACCAAGUCCAGGAGCAGAAACAUUUGUUACAUGUGUGGUGCUUAUACUUACAGCCUGUGCAAGCUAUGUGGAGUCCCACUUUGCAGUAGCAAUGUUCAUUCAAAGAAGAGGUAUUCCAGUGGAGAUCCCAUCUGGAAGCUCUGUCACAGCAACUAUCACAAUUAUGAAUGGUUUGGGCUUGGAAGAAGUGACUACUGCUCUAGAGUGAGAAAUGACAAAUCAACUAAAGAUAGGAGAAAUUGGAAGUCUCCAAGCAAUGUAGAAUUGAAAGAUAAUACUCCUACUGAGUACAUAAAAUUCUUAUUGGACAUCAAGGAUGAGGAUGAGGGUGAGGAAGACACUACUAGUGUUGGUGGUGAUGUUAAUAAGAAUAGUACAAAAAAGUUAAAUAUGCUGGAUAGUUUGCUCAUUUGUUUGUUCAUUUGUUUGCUCAUUCUAUUGCUGAUACAGUUGCAUAUUUUGUUGUUGCUUUGUUGGUUGCUUUGUCAGUUGCUUUGUUGUCAGUUGCUGACUUGGUUGCUGGUUCUCACAAUCCAUCUCCUCACAAUUCAUCUCCUCAUAGUCAGCUGAAUCAAAGAAGAAGCUCUGAUCCAUGAAAAAAGGAUGUCCACACUCAUCAAAGGCAAAUUCUUUGGCACAUUGAGUGCAAGGAGUGUAGUUGUUUYCCCUCUUCAUUACUGUCCUGUAGAUCUCAAAGAACCACUCAUGUUUAUCCCCAAUGCUCAUAGUUUGAGGCAACAGCGGGGGCUUUGCAAAUCUAGCUAACUUGAUUGCCUUUCCAAUAUCUUUCUUUUUCAAGUAGGUCUUCUUUGAACAACCAGAACAGGUCUCAUUCAGCUCCUUGUUGUAUGGAGUAGGUUUGCUGUUCCAUUCCCAAUCUUCCACCCACUUCCAAUCUUGAAAAAAAAAAUCUUAAUAUUAUAUUUAACCUCGUGAACUAGAAGAGGCGCUAUAUGGCCAGAACCAUAGCUUUCCUUAGAAAGAAUGCUUCUAGCUGCUCCGAGGGGCGGCGCCUCCCUCCGAGGAGAUGUUGUGGAGACGCGACCAAGUCUUAUGCACACUGAUAGGCCACUGAAGGCCCAAGGCUAGACUCAGAGGGCAUGUUUAAGAAAAAUAUUGCUUCAUGAUAGUAGUUUGUAUGGCACGGUUGGUUGUAGCAGAGACUAAAGAAUUUUGUGGGGACACAGGGGGUCUGUGUCAUUUCUUCUUGGAGUAGGCAUCAAAGACUAGCCCUUCUUGUGUGAUGCUCUCCGGUGGUUGUUUACUAUGAAGCACUGGUCAAAAAUACUGGGUAAUUGGGUGGGUGUUGGAGACUGAAGCACUUGUAGCUUGAGAGACACUCGCCAAGAUUGUUUUCUCAUAGACACGAUGGUAAAAUGAGAGCAUGGAGGUAGGAGUCGUCAAUAAGAAGGCUUCCAUAUCUGCUGGAAAUAAGUGGGCGUGGGAAGGACAUGUCUGUGAUUUCAGCUCAAACAGAGUGCGGACUUUCGUCACCACCCUCUGUCGAUGCUUUGCUUGCUUCUGAGUAAGUGUGUAGCCAUGGAGGUCCUUGUUUUGCUGUUCCCAUAAUGAUAUAUAAGAGGUAAGAAAGAAUUCCACAAGAUAACCCCCCAACACGAGCGGGGAAUAAGAGCUGGAAUGAAGGUCAAGAUCAGUAAUCCACUGGAGUGAAAUGUGACCGGCAAACACGUGGUGCCACCCAAUCUUGCUCUGAAAAUGGAUAACUGGAUGAAGAGAUGUAGGAUAUUUCUCUGGAGAAACUGCGCUKGUGUCUAGCCAGUCGGUAAGACAAGUAGUAAGAGUGUCAAUAGCAAUUGGCCCGAAGCCAAGUGUGGACAUCCGUUGUCGUAAAGAUGUAAUGGUCUGCCUUUGCCAUCUGAGUUGUGAUGGAUGUGAACAUCGAAAGAGAUGCUCGCAAUCUUCAGGCAUCUGGCAGAGGCAGCAAGUAUCAUGGGUUUGGUAGUUCCACCUUUUGAGAACAGUGGCAGUGGGCAGAAUAUUGUUGCAACAUUUAGUGACCAAAACAUUCCUGGAGAUGCGGUUUAUGGCAAUACUCAGGGACUCCUAUGCAAUAUUGGCAAGAACCUGUGGAGUCCACUGGUUCCUCUCUGCCAAGUAUGCUUGAUAUUGGGGGAUCAGACAAGAAUCUGUGAGAGCUCGCUUAUAUUGGCUGGUGACAGAGCGCGAUUGGAUCUGAAGCACUGCUGGACAGGAAGGUAAGACUGGCGUGAUGAAAUGUGGUGUAGCCAUCUGAGCCUGAAACGCCCCAGCAUAACUAUCAGCUUCUACAUUUAGUUGGGCCUGCAGAGGAAGUUUAUCAAAUGCAAUGUUGUCAUCUUGGUGACCUUUCACCCAAGAGAAGGAGCAAGUGAUAUGUGGAGACUGGAUGGUUUGAAAGAUCUGUUCAAUCAAAUCAAAUUCUGGUGCUAGAGUAGCGUUGGCAUAGACUUCAUUGUAUUCACUUCUGGAUUGGAGUCUAGUUAUGAGUGCCUUGCUGUCACUGUARAAAGUAACUGGCGUUGGACAGGGUGUUGCAGUGCCACUAGAGGAAGAUGAGGAACUUGAGAUACCUGUAUCAGAAGAGAGUGAAGGCAAAAGAUGAUGAUUUUGGUCCUGGAGAUGCAUGUCAUGCAGGUUGCCGAUAAGAGUAGAGAAAUGUUCCACUUCAUUGCCUAGCUGAGAAUGAAGGUGGAAAUUGCAAACUUGGGGACUGGGCUCAGUACUGUUUGCAGUGGAAGUUGCUGUAGAAAAAUUUGGGGUUGUAUUCCUAUUCAUUUCAAAUUGGAAAUGAAAUGGACUUUUUCUCACUUUUUCCCUCUGGGUACUGUUCACUGUAGAAAUCUCUGUAGGAUGAGAUCGUGAUUUCAUUCCAUAUUUGAAAUGAAAGCAAGGGUUCAUUUCAUGAUACCAUUGGUGAAAAUGCGAGACAAGGAUAUUGACAAAAAGGGUAGCCGAUAACAAUCCAGUUGCUUCUGCACAAAGUGAACUUUUGCUGCCAAAGCAUGGGCCAUGUGCAUGAGCUAUUCUGUCCCCAGUUGUGGUAGCGAGUGACCAACCAAAGGACAUGCAGCCAUCUUUACCAGACCCAUCUGAAACCAUGAGAAGGGGUAUUUCAGUAGCCAGUACUUCUAAAGUUUGGGAGAAACUGGUCUCAAACUGGACCAGUUUGAGGAGUUGGAGUUGCCAUGGAUCAAGGCAACGCAGAAGGGCAGACCAUGUCUUGGGUUCGUGAUGGAGGGACCUGCGGCAGGCAGUUUGAAUGUGACGUGCGCUGGUAGGAUCAUAUUGAAAGCCAUCGGUCUGGGAUUUCCAAGUAAGAACUGGGACGUGUUGUCCAGGAGGGUAUGUACCAGAGACACUUGAUGAUCAUGGUGGUCCAAUUUGAGUGAGUACAACAGGAUGGGACUGCCACUUGCCUGGGCAUGGUGAAGUCCAGAUGCGAUGAUCAGUAGACAAAUAAGCAUUCCAUACACCAUGACUAGUAUGAGGAGGAUACCAGUCGCCAAGGCGAUAAGCUUUGGUCAGAAUCCUGUCAGGGACAGCACCGCUGGAAAUGCGGCAAAGUAGUUUGUGAAAGGCAUUCCAGCUCGGUCUGUCAGGCUUGGGCUGAUAGGGAUGUGCAAUUGUAGGAUGAUAGAAUUCCAAACAUUGGUUGGAAAAAAUGCUAGGGGACAGCUUGCUUGUACCAGGAAGACACAGUUCACUAAUCCAUUGGAUCUUGAGAUAUAUGCAAACUGAAUUGAUCCUGUGAAGCGUGCGAAGAUGUCCUUUUGAGAUCUUAGUGGCAUUCUGAGGGACGCUGGCCAGAGCAAGAUCCAUAAUUGUGUGGUCGCCACACCGGAGAGGUGGCACCAGCCCUGUGGUGUCAACUGUGAUGCAGCCCUGUAUAGUGGUCAGAUAUUUCCAAACAUGAUGCAAAAAUUUUCCAGGGACAUAUGGUAUUGCAAUGGAGGGAGCUUCAAGGACAGGUUUGAAGAGGCCAGAGAAUAAUUGAAACCACCAUAGUACAGUCCGAAGAAGUUUCCCGGCAAUAUCAUUGGAUCGCCAAUGUUUCAAGAAAUGAGUGACAUAGGUUCUGCCAGUGAUGACCUCCAGUGGGAUGAACCCUGCACCUCCUACAGACGCUGGUGCGUAUAKGAGGGCUCUGGCAGUAGUGCGGGCAUAACCACAGAGUGAGAGAAUGCGUGGAAAGUAUUUCCUUUCCAACUUGAGCAGUUGGGCKGAAGACAAAAAGGACUGGGGCAGGGGAUACUCAAUAGCAGGACGCAAAACUGUUCCAUAAAGCAUGCAUGCUGUAGGUCUGUUGGGGGAGCAUUGUUGAAUGGCUGAGCAGAUUGAAUCAGCUUUGGAUAAUAGUGCAUUCAACUGAGUUGUAUAUGACUGACAUGGAGACUUGUGGUGGCCAAGAUUUUUGCGUGCUGUAGGUCUGUUGGGGGAGCAGCAGUGAAUGGCUGAGCAGAGUGAAUCAGCUUUGGAUAAUAAUGCAUGCAACUGAGUGGUGUAUGACCCACAUGGGGACUUGUGGUGGCCAAGAUUUUUGUGUGGAGUGAAUAUGUUCUUGGAAGCAAUUCGGACUGGUUCUCCAAUAGGAUUAGUCAGGAAGAUAUCACCAGUCAUGUGAAGAACACAAGGAAGCAUAUCCAGUGGAGAUUCAGGGAGGUAUUGGAAAUCAUAGUAUAAGAGGUGAAAGCCACAUUUUGGAAGUUCUAACUUCCCCCCUGAACACCACAGAAGGUCAUGCCAAAGUUGUGCAUCAGAUCGAAGUCUAUCCAACAAGAGAUCACUAAGGGGAGCGUCUGGGGGUGAAGCAGUGAUGACGGUGGAGUCAUCAACAAAGCCAAUGAUCGACAUGGAGUGCAAUGGAUACGUACGUACUGAAAGGAUACGUACAUACUAUAUCUGAAGUAUACGUACGAUACGAAGCUUCGAAGAAAGGAAUGAAGGAGCAUACCAUUCCUACGUACCUAUCGUAAGGUACUGUUUAUAUGUAUAGAUCAUACGAUCCAUCGUGUUGAUGAUCGUAAGAGGUCUAAGAUACCAUUCGAGAAUACCUCACGAAGAAUAGAGAUGUCACGAGUCAGGAAUAGAGAACCYCCAUGUAGAUUCCCUACCAGAUCUACAUGAGGUUCUAAACAGAACUUUGGAAUUCUCGUGAACGCGCUCGGUAAUCUUAAUCUUACAAUUCAAUUUUCAUACACACUUAAACACCUACUACCAAGAGUACACGUAAUCUUGUGCAUGGAGAAGGAGAGAGUGCCAUCUGGGCUAGAGAAAGUCAUGCCAUAGGAGGCAGUGUUAUGAGCCUCAAACAGUCUACUUGACAAGAGGGCCCAUAUGACUGGACUGUUGGCAGAUCCCUGUCCAGUGCCAUGAAUUGGGAAUCUGGGGGAAUGUUGAUAAGAUGCAUUAGUGAUACKGUUGGAAACUUUCAAUUUGUAGUGUGCUCUGUGGAGUGUACGUGCAUGGACUCCAAUAACGUCCCUGUGAAUACCAUAACCUCUCCCCGAAAGACUUGAGAGAGAAGUAAGGAUUUGAUCAUAACAGGAGGAAGCGUCAUUGUCAAAGUUAGCAAAGGGUGUCCGUGUCAAUUGAGAGUAAUCAAAACGGAGUUCCUCCAUGAGUGUAACAGUCUGUGCCUCUUUGCCUGGUGCUCCACCAAACUGACAUGGAUGGAGAGUGCMAUCAGCUCUGGCCUUUUGGAUGGCACUGCGCCAUUUGGAGCCAAGGAGAAAAUUGAAGUCGGCUUCAUACAGGUGUAUCACUUGAAGUCUGUGGAUUUUGGUAUUACCUGGGUCUUUGUAGAUCAUUAGAUUCACAAUGGUUUGCCAGCGUUUGAAGGAGUAUCUGUGCUUUAGGGCGUAGUUGAGAAUGGAGAUAUAGCAAUGCCGGAUAGAGACCUGGAUUUGCUUGAGAGUUUCCAAGACAUCCUCGUCAUCUUCAUGGAUUGCAUGGAAAAGCAGCUUAUAGUGUCCCAGAUGGCGACCGCUUGGGGAAGUAGAAGUAGAUUCCCACCACUUGGUAAAUUUGGUUGUGAAGUCGUCAUGCGAGACCUGAGCUGGCAGGGAGUCUAAGCUGGUCACUUUGUGCAAGUGACGGAGGAAAAGCGACGUAACAUUGUCAUAAUCGUUGUCGGAAAAGUUGCCAUCAAGAACAAGUUCUGCAGCUUAGUGGUGCAAAGAGUCAAUUUUAUCAUCAAUGGAGGCAAAUGCAUUCUUGAGUUCRGUAUCUAAGUUCGAACGUUCGAAUUUGGUGGCAUUCCAAGUCUUCAGGUCAGAUUUCAAAGUUUUGUGGAGAUUUUCAACUUUUUGCACAUGAAUAGGAUGCGCUAUCCGUUGUAGGUCUCGAAUGGUACGAUCUUGUUCUUCGAUCUUCGUCUGAAGGCAAGUGAACUGUGUGACGACUUGGGUGAGGGUUGUCUGCUGGUCAGUCAGACGGUCUGAGAAAUUAUUGAGAACAUUUUGUUGCUGUUCAAAUCUAUCAAGGACUGUCGCAGAAGUUUGGUUGGCUUGAGUGAUGGUAUCAAGUAACUGUUCAAAGCGAUCAUUGACAGUCUUGACCAGAGAGUUGGUUGCUGAUUCAAGAUCAUCAUGCUUAGUUGCAAGAUCCUGGUGACCCUUUUCAAUGGAGGUAUAUUGAGCCUGGAGGGAGUUAUGCUGAGUUUCCAAGGCCUCAAGCUUAUGAGACCACUCCGAGUUUGGAGUCAGAGCAGACAGUGUUGGUGUUGAGUGUGAUGGAGGAGUAACAAAGGUGGGUUUCUUUGUCCAAGCAUUUGGGGGAGGUGUUCUGGGAGGGGAGGACAUUGGGGAUGUCGAGACAGAGCUUGGAGGACGUGAGAGCCAGGCCAUGGAUCCUGGAAUUGAGGAGGGACUGCCAAUGACCGAUGAUGUAUGUGGCUUGGUAUGAAAUUUAGCAGGGUUGCUUUUUGGAACAGUCUUAAGGAGAAGAUCAAUCUGGGCAGAGCUAGCGGGAGGCAGAUUAUUGGUCAAAAGCUUCCAUUCUCCUUGAGAUUCAGUUGUGUAGGUGGGAUGAAUGCUAACCACACCUUGCAAUUGGAGUAAUUGUUGUGUGAUAUGACCAAGUGCAGUUGGAUCAAGGGCAUGAAUGACGGUGAUACGAUGAGAUCGUAGAUAGGCUUGCUGUUCAUAGAUGGCCGUAGCAAAGUGCUGAUACAUAGGGUGUUUCGGAAACGCCCAGGUUGUGUUGACCAUGCGAGUGAAGUCAGGGUGUGAACUAUCGCUCAGUUUACCAAAAAUGUAGCGGACGAGAGCCUUGUGCAAUGAUGGGCAAACUACUCCAGUAGCCCGGGUUCGAUGGAUUUGUCGGGCACCGUUCACUAGGCCCUUCCACAAGGGACGCACAGUGGUCACCAUGACCUCAGGAAUAGUGCCAUCCCACUUUGAAAGGGCUGGUGUUUUAGCCACAACUUGAGAUUCCAAUUCUUUUCUGUUUUGGUGUAGAAAGGAUUGGAUUAAUGCGUUGAAUUUCUUUUGGAGAAUGGGCUGGGAGAUAGCCUCAGGAUGGUGAUUACCACUAAACCACGCAACUUCAGUAGUUUGAACUGAGUUCAUAAUCGCAGUAUGUCUAACAAUCCAGAUGCGCUGCUCCUGGAGAGUGUCCAUCAGAGAGCUUUUGAAGUUCCUAAUAACCCGGUCAGGCAAAUCAGGGGUCAUUGGGCGCUGAAGCCAUAGGGUGAGACGCACUCGGUGGUCGGUGGGGCURAUAGAGUAUUCAAAGUCUUGUUUCAUUUUGUUAAUGGAACAGGGAUUAGCGUAGGAAGCUGCAACAAGACGAGUGGUGCGGCCACUCCCUACGAGUGUGAAUGGAGAUGGGAGAGAUUCAUUUGCCGUUAACAAGGUAUGCAAAGUCUUUGCGAUAGGAUGAUCAAUUGAUUGGGUUUGGGAGGGCUCCUGAGUGACCGUUGGAGUGUCAAUACCAUGAGGAAGCUCACCAGAAGGCAGCUUCCCAAGCUAUGCGUAAUGGAAUCAACGUAUGAGGUUGAAUCCCAGGACGGGGGGAAUCACACAUGAAUCGUGUUUCAUUGUUUAGGGGACCAGUAUGUGGGAGGGGUUGUCUUUCAUCCGGGAGGGCAGGGUUCUUGGCCAGGGAUGCAAGCUUUGGAGCAGCAGAUGGUUUCGUAGAAUUGGAUGGACUUGGACUACGAGUGUGACGAGUAACAGUAGUGCUAGUAGCUGCCGUAGUAGUUGUAGUAGUAGACGCAGUACUGGUGAAGGUGACAGCUUUGGGUGUGCGUUGUUUAGAUCGAGUGAUGGCAGCAGAAGAAUGUUUACUUCUGUUAGAAGUAACCUUAAUCCAAUCAGAUUCGUCUGCGGAGGGCAUGUUGUGAUCCAAGGGAGGGGAUGCAGUAGAAGUGUCAGUAGACAGUAGUUGGUCUUUGUUGGACAAGUUAUUUGCUUGGGCAUUUAUGUGGGGACUGGGCUCAGUACUAUUUGCAGUAGAAGUUGCUGUAGAAAAGUUAGGGGUUGUAUUCCUUUUCAUUUCAGAUUGGAAAUGGAAUGGAGUUUAUCAACCGGUUUCCUUUGCAGUACUGUUCACUGUAGAAAUCGCUGUAGGAUGAGAUGGUGAUUUCAUUCCAGAUUUGGAAUGAAAUGGAGAUCUCAUUUCUGUACUGGUCGUAUGUAGCUCAUCUGAAUGCCCUUCCGCCCGCUUGUCUGUAGAAUCAGUACCAGAAACAAGGACAGAAGAGGGGGUUGAAGUAGAAACAGCAUGKGAAUCGUUAUUUAAUAGGGUCUUUGGGGUUAAAGACUGGGUAGUUAGGGACGGAUCUUGGGUGUUUAACCCUUCGGCAUGCUUAGAAACAGAAAAACUGCCCUUUGGGCCAGGGAUAUGCCCCUGGGGGGGGAAAUUUAGGCCAGAUGACUCAGGGGCAAUCAAAGGAGGGGUCUUCGCUGUGUCUUCAGUGGACAUUGCUGCAAAGUUCUCUAGGUUCUCUAAAUUGGGCGCUUGUAAAGUACACUUAAGAGACUGUUUCUUUGGGCCUAAUGAUAUUUCGGAUUUAUCAAAAGGGACUAGAGCUUCACUUAAUGCUUGCACUUUGGAUUUAUCACUGACUAAGGGAACACUUAAGGCGCUCGUCUUGGUAGCUGGAGUUGGUGCCGGUGCCAUAUAAGUAUCUAAAGUGUCCUCGGUGGUGAAUUUCUUUUUCUUUUUCUUCUGUUUCAUGCUCUCCUGGCUAUCCUCGCUGUUGGACAGGGGAGAGGAGCCAUGGGGGCCCUGGGACUGGGUCUGAGUGGAGCUGGGAGUGGAGCUAAGGGUCCAUUUGGUUUCUAAUGUGGAAGAUGGGGCCUCAGUGGAGGCUGGAGGCAUCGAUUCAUCUCCAUCCGGGGGCAUCGAUUCAUCCCCAUCCGGGGGCAUCGAUGCAUCCUCUUCCAAAAGCAUCAUCGAUUCAUCCCCAUCCAGGGACAUUGAUCCGUCCUUAGUUGGAGACUCUGAUUCAUCCCCUGAAUAACAGGAGAUAGACUGAUCCAAAUGAGCUUGGAGGAGGGAUUUGGUGGGAGGUGCCGGUGUUGUCGUGUGGUUAUUUUUAUUUUCUUUUUCUUCUUUAUUAUUGGUGGUUACUGAAUUUGAAUGAGAUUGAGUGGAGGGACAUGCUAUGGUGAUAGAUGUAGGUUGCCKGGUUCUAGAAAGCCUCUUCUGAAGCCUAGCAGCAACUGUUUGAAGUACUGUGGGGGGGGUCUUCUUCUGACUCGCAGGUCGAUUCGGAAUUGUAGUCCGAUGCUGAGGGAUCACUUCUAAAGCAGAGACCUUGGAGACUGGAGGAGCCGUCUCCUGUGCCUGCAAAAGGCUGGGGGAAGGCCCGGGGGGUCCCUUUGGUAGGGGAGGGUCCUUACUGGUUGGAUCCGGAGGGUCCUUGUUACCCUUUGGGUUGGGCCCGGUCAUGGUUCCUGGUAGUCCGAUGGUGCAAGUCUUAGUUGACUUGUGUAGAAUCUAGUACUAAUUCUAAGUAUAAUUUUCAAGUGAGAAUCGUAUCUUCGUGCGAAGAUGAAACACGGCUGCGUUUGAAAAAAUUCGUUGCUGUUGCUGUUCCUUAUCUGCUAUUCCUUUCUGUUCUGUCAUGUACUGUACUAUUUGCUCUAUGGUGUCAUUGAGGAUAUCUCUUCCACAUCUAAUGUAUUCAUUUUGCCAUGGUUUGGGAAAGGAUCUGAAAAGAAUCUGUUUGACCUCUCUGUCAGACAAGGGUUCCUGAAUGCCAUGAAGGAUGUUGGCUCUGGCGCAACAGGUUUUGACUCUAUCUGCAUGGGCCUGGCAGGAACUGGAGUGGGACUUUCUGAUAGCUUCUGAUUGCAAAUAUUCAAUAGCUUCAUCGCGGGCUCUCUUUGAUGGUGCAUAGAACUUCCUGAAGGUGAGCAGGGCUGUCUUCCACUGUUGCAAAUUGGUUCUAGGUACAUCCACUAGUCUGUUGUUGUGCCACAUGCUGUUCCACUUCUGUCUGGGUCUGUGUGCUAGGACCAUUUGCCACUUCUUAUCUAUCUGAUCAUCCGGUAGUUCCAAAUCCUUUAUUGCAUCUUCAAAGUCUUCCKGUACAUGGAAUAAUUCCUGCACUCCAUGUUCACUGGAGAAGCUUAAACAGUUCCUAGUUAGCUUCCUUGCUGGGCGUUGAAGGUUCACAGUGAGGGAGACUGUCUUCAACUGGCUCUCAUCAAAGUUGUUUAUUAGGCUGAGACAGGAUCAAUGUGUGUUUUGUCGAUAUUGUUUGGUAGAGGAGUUGGUGUUCUUGUUUGGUUUCACCAUGGUCGAUGUGGUAAACAGUACCUUAAGAUUGGUACGUAGGAAUGGUAUGUUCUUUCAUUCCUUUCUUCAAAGCUUUGUAUCGUACGUAUACUUCAGAUACAGUACGUACGUAUACUCCAGAUACUUUACGUCCGUAUCUAUUGCAAUAACUAUUUGAAUCUUCUAUCCAACCCCUGAUCAAUUUGUUGUUGAUUUAUUAACUCAAUUGCUUCCCUUGCCUUUGUCAUUUCAUCUCCAUAUUGCCCUUUAUAAUUGCAAGCUUGCAAUGUGGCAGGCUGUGGGUCCUUUGUAAACAAGCAUCCAGGCUUGAUACCUUGCCUUCUUUGGUUUUGCUCUCCUCCCAUUAAAUUUCACCACUGCUUUGGGUGACAACCAAAAAAGAUUGCUCUAGUGAGUCGUGGGGGGACUGAGUCUGGAGAGCUGUUGGCAUAUUGAUAUACAUCCUUAUGGAGGUCUUUGACAAGGAAGUCUGGUGUUUUUAGUACUUGUUGCUAUGCUUGUUUGUGUUGCUGCUGCUUGCUUUUUUCAGUAUCCUCCAUUUUUAGCAGGGCUCACAGGAUGUAUUGUUCUUGAUCAAUUUAAGGAGAAAGAAAUGGGAUCAAUGCAUCGUGUCAAAGCACAGAGAAAUGCUUCCAUCACAGUUCCUCCUGACAAACCAGAAAGAGAACAAAUGUAUCAAGAAGGAGGUGUCUUGCUGGAUUAUGAGUAAAUACAAUUAGUGGCCAAAUUUAGUGAGCAGUUUGUCUGUUGAGGUGCAAAAUGUCCUUUGUCCAUUGAGUCAAAGUAGUCUUAACACAGUAAUUAGAUGGCCCAAAAUCGACAUACCAUAUAAACUACACGUACAACAUUAACUAAGGAUCAACUCACUCUAACACCCAUAUCUUGGUCCCCAACAGACGCAAAACAACAUGAAGCACAUAUUUAGAAAGAAAAAUAUGAGAGCUUUCUAACCGUGUUGGGGAGUUGGAGGGUCAUAGUUGUAUUCAUCAAUAUUUGUGUAUGGAUAUUGAGCAUUACUAAUAUACAAAUGACAUGACAAGAAACUCUCCACCGGCUCUACAUGACAGAAUUACUAAAUUUGAUAGACUGACAGACCAAAAUUUAGCACAUCUAUAACAAAAUUUAGCAUGUUUUGAAUGGGUCAAAGACCCCCAUUCAUCAUCAUCCUUUUCUUGGGCACUACCACUCAUACCCCUUGUACCAAACAGUAAUUCAGGUAUGUUCUUCAGGAGGAGCAACAAACAAGAAUUUGUGCAUGCAGUGACAGGUGACAGGUGACAGACACCAAAAAACACAAUAGAAAUCAAUGACAAUGGUUUGCAUUAUGGUCAGAUUGUUUACUAAAAAAAAUCUUAAUAUUAGAUUUAACCUCGUGAACUAGAAGAGGCACUAUAUGGCCAGAACCAGAGCCUCUCCGGACUAGGGAGAAGAAUGCUCCUAGCUACACCAAGGGGCGGCGCCUCCCUCCGAGGAGGUUAUGUGGAGGCACAACCAAGUUCCAUGUGCACUGACAAGCCAAUUAAGGCAGGUCACUGGAUUCAGAGGUUGAAUGGGUGAGAACCAUGCCAUUGUCAGUUCAAAGUGCACUGCCAAGCCCAAAGGCAAGCCACCAAAUGCAGUGAUCGAGGAACUGUUGGAGUAGUCAUUAAAAAAUAAAAAGAAAAAAGAAAAGCCAAAAGAAAAAGAAAAGGAAGCUGAAUAGAUUUUCAACUGUUUGUGGAACCUUGGGACUGGAGUCAGUGUUAUUGCUUGUGGACACAAAUGCUAGAAACAACAACAACUCCACCGGAAAACUCUUCUGGUCCAAAUAAAACUGGAACUGCAUGGAGAUAAAGCUGGGGAAUCUUCUUUGAGAGUAUGUACGUAGCAUAUACUCCAGGCUGUGUUCUUCAAAGGGUCUUGGUUGAAUGGGGAAAUACUGGGGUUGGUGCUGUUGCUUUCCGGCACGGAGGUCAGAAACAACAGCAAUUGUGACCAGAAAGCASUGAGCUUCCGGUCCUUGAGAACUGGGGAUGGAUCUAGCUGAGGCAAAGCACUCAAUUGGGGGAAUACUGGGGUUGGUGGUGUUGUUGUCCGGCACGGAUGCCGGAAACAACAACAGCAACGUUGUGACCAGAAUCUGCUCCUGGUCCGUAAAACACUGGACAUGGAAAUGCAUAGACUGGAACUGCAUGGAGAGGAAUUGGUCUGCAAAAUACUGGWACUGCAUGGAGAUGCUGGGGAAUCUUCUUGAAAACUGAGUAGUAUGAUGUAGCAUAUACUCCAGGCAUUAUUCUUCAUGAGGUCUUGGUUGAAUACUGGGGGCUGGGGUUGGUGUUAUUGCAUUCUGGUACGAAUGUCGGAACGAACAACAACCAAACCAGAAAACUCUUGCGGUCCGUAAAAUACUGGAACUGUUACUGGAACUGCAUGGAGAUGCUGGGGAGUCUUCAUUAAAACUAAGUAGUAUGAUGUAGCAUAUACUCUAGGCGUUGUUCUUCAGAGGAUUGGUCUUGGUUGAAUACUGGGGGCUGGGGUUGGUGUUAUUGCAUUCCGGCACAGAUGCCGGAAACAAAACAACGACAACGUUGUGACGGAGAACUCUUCCAGUCUGUAAAUUACUGGAACUGCAUGGAGGAGAUGCUGGGGAAUCUUCUUUAAAACUGAGUAUGAUGUAGCAUAAACGCCAGGCUGUGUUCUUCAAAGGAUUGGUCUUGGUUGAAUACUGGGGGCUGGGGUUGGUGUUAUUGCAUUCUGGCAUGGAUGCCGGAAACAAAAACAACAACAUCGUGACCGGAGAACUCUUCCGGUCCAGAAAUUACUGGAACUGCAUGGAGAUGCUGGGGAAUCUUCUUUACUGAGUAUGACAUAGCAUAAACUCCAGGCUGUGUUCUUCAAAGGAUUGGUCUUGGUUGAAUACUGGGGGCUGGGGAUGUUGUUGCUGUUGUCUGGCACAAAUGCCGAAAACAGCUUCAACACUGGAAGAUACCACCCGGUGCUUCUGGAGGAACAGGGGAUGGAUCCAGCUGGGGCAAACUGACACCACCAGCUGGUGGAUAUUGAUAUACUUGGAAUAGGCUUGGUUACAUUGCUUUGUUGCUUGUUGAAUGGAGCCAGGGAGGUGGAUUUUCCCCUUCCAAAGGAGAUGUCACCAUGGUUCGGAAGUCAGAAGGAGCYUGUCAGGUAGGAAUGUACGUAGGAAUCAGUAGGAAUUCUAGGGGAUAAUUUUCAUAAGCGAAGUGUAAUUUCAUGCGUUUGAAAAAGUUCGAUUUGAAAAUUAUAUGGUCAGAUUGUUUACUACUAAUGAGCAAGAAGGAAUCAACAAUGAUCAUGUCUGUACUAUUGAAGAAAAACAUGAUCCAAGAGUGGUGGGGGUAUCAAAGUUUACUUCUGCCAGAAAGUGUUUUCUUUGUUUUUGUAUCAUAUGGAGGAAGGAUGAAAGCUCGUUGACAAUACUAAUGGUAUCUGCACAAUUGCUGGUGAUACUGCUGUCUGUAGGACAUCAGAUCAUGGGUAUGAUUCAUACAUGCAACACAUACAUGCAACACAUAUCUAUGAUUCAUAUACACUCUACUACAUUCACAACUCAUUCAAUCCUAUGCAUCCACACGAUUGACUUCACUCAUUUGAUUCACACACAUCACUGGAUUGUCAUUAAAUUACACUUUGGUUCUGAAAAUUAUCACCUAGAUUUACUACUGAUUCCUGCACACACACAUUCCUGACCAAGGCCUUCUGGCCUCCAUGGCCUCUAUUUAAGCACUGUAAGUAUCCAGGAAGCCACUACUAAUAUUAUCACUAACCCCCCCUCCCCCCCUUGUCUCCAGCUACUGGCAGUUUGCCUCAGCUCCUGGAUCCAUUCCCACCAGUUCUCCAGACCGGUAGCAAGAUUCCAGUCACAAUGGUCUUGUUUCCCAGCAUCCAUGUCACAAGAGCAACAACCCUAGCCCCAAGUAUUCAACCAAGACCUAUCCUUCAAAGAACAAUGCCUGGAGUGUGUGCUAUAUCAUACACAGUUUUAAAGAAAAUUCACCAGCCUUAUCUCCAAGCAGUUCCAGUAUUAUUUACAGACUGGAAGCCCCAGUAUUUUCUAUUCAAGAUGUUGUUGUUUCCGACAUUAGUAUUUGUGUUGGAUAACAGCAACAACUUUUGCAGUGUGACUGCAACCAUCCAUAUUUCAACUUCCGCCUCCAAGGGUUAUGGGCUCAACACUACCAAGAAGUAAGUGUGUCAGUUUUUUUACUUUUCUUUUUGAUUUUUCUUUUUUUCCAUGGCUACUCCAACCCUGUGUCUUUGUACACUGUGGAAGUGCUUGCCUUAAUUGGCUUGGCAGUGGUGUGCUUGGCACUCAUUUCCUUGGUCACUGCGUGCUAUAUCUUGCCAUUUUGGCUUGGCAGUGCACUUUGAAAUGAAAAUGGCAUGGCUUUUAUCCAUCUGAACUGUGAACCAACGCCUUGGCUUGUCAGUAUCUACAGAACCUGCUUACACUUCCACAAAACCUCCUUGGAGGGAGGUGCCACCCCUCAGAGUAGCUAGGAGCAUUCUUCUCCCUAGUCAGGUGAAUAUAUGGUUCUGGCCCACAUAAUGCCUCUUCUAGUUCAUGAGGUGAACUAUAAUAUCAAAACUUUUUUAGCAUGUACUACUGUAACAGUAGUUUCAGGAGCAGUGCCAUUAGAAGUAGAUGAUGCACCAAAGUGAUUUGUGGUUCUAUUCUGAAAUUCAAUUGUUCUCCACAUAUCCACUGUAUUCACUCUUGGCUGUCCUUCCUUCAUCCAUCAAAUGGAUAGUAGAUGUCUGGAACAAUCUUUGUAAAACCACUGGAUUAGAACUUGAUGCAUCAAUUUGACUUGACUUACGACAUCAGCACUUUCAGGUGAAACUGCUGGAACACAAAAUUUCUUAGCUUGUUAGCAAAAGUUUUGGAAGCCAUUGAAAUUGAAAAUUAUCUUUUUUAAUCUUUGAUUUGAUUCAUCUUUAGACACGUCGCUAGUAUUUACAUGCAUUAGCCGAGCAGCAGAUGAAUCAAUCAUCCUGAUUGGCUGUGUUCCUUCGCUCAUGCUUCUGUAUUAAUUGAUCAAACCACCGAUAGUAGCAUUACCUUGAGUUCUUCAAGGUUUCGUAGCGAAACUAUCGAUUCAACUGGUAUGCCUGCCGAAAACUAAUAUCAUAACGAAAUUCCUACUCAAGCCUAGACUACAAAAGAAUAAUUACGGCAAACCGUCAGUAUGGUGCCUCACUUGAUAGUAGUUUGUAGAGCUCAAAUAUUGUGUAUAGAAAAUACUUUGACCCUUCUACAUUGCGUUGCGUAGCAUCUCCGUUUCGAACGCCAUCCAAUCGUAUUGUUUGUCCCUACGAGUUGCAAUUGCGGCCGGCUUCUUAUGGUGCUGAUUCUCGUCAUUGCCGACCGCCCGAUUUUGUUCUUCUUGUUCGGAAAUACGAUGAUGACUGCAUUGAACAUCGCGGUUGUCGGGUCGACCGUCGCUGCUAUUAGUUCCAUAGCGAUAUGGAUUCAGAUUUGCGAGUGUUGUUGGAAUGACCGAUGACUUCACGUAUUCGCAACCGUUGUUCGGAGUACUUUCUAAGAAUGCACACGAAGGCAUCCAAUAGUUGCUGUUGUCUUUCUUUAGGAAUAUCGACUCGGGGGCCAGCAGUUCGUUCACACAUCUAGCAUUGUUAGGAGGAGAGUCCGAUUCAUCGUCGUCGCUACGCUGAAAGUCUUCGACGGACUUUUCAAACAGCAGGUCGCGUCGUCCUCGCACGAAGAGUUUGUGCUUGCAUUCUCCUCGGUGUGGACCCUUGUAAAUUCGUUCGAAGCCGUACAACUGAAGCUGUCGCAGAAAUGAUCUGUACCUCGUCAUGUUGAAGGUUCGUUGGAGAGCCUGGACGAUUUUUCUUUCGUCCCCAAGGUCCUGUGUUCCAUCUACAUGAAUCUUGAACGAGGUUCCGUCUGGCAUCCAAGAAAUUACGUGACUGUAG